AUGGGAGCUGAUGACUCAUUUAGUCUUUCAUUCCUUGAUCCUCUGGAUGUGUUAGGGACAACCCUUACGGAAGAUUCACCGAUAAGAUCACGAUACACUACUCCAAAGAGUGAUCUGAGAGAACAAUCAUUAUCUACGGCAUCUGACUUAUCUCCGAUUAAUUUAGAAGAUUUAACUACUCCUUCCAAGAAUAAUGAAUCAUCAACACGUCAACUGUACCAAUCAAUAUUGAAAAAUAGUCCAACUAAAACUCCAAGAGAAGGUUCAACUAGCUCGGGUAAUAAUCUUGGCUCAGCUAGGGGAAGAGUAUUAUUCUCGCCAACAAAGGAAAUCCGAUCGUUUAGAAUUGAUUCUCAUCAUUAUGAAGAGAAUGAAGUAGAUGUAACUGAAGAAGAACAAUCUGAUGAAUCUGAUGAGUCUGAACUUAUUAUUCGAAGAAGAGGGAAACUGGGGGAUUCUUCAUCUUCUAAAAAGAGUAAAUUCAAUUUAAUUGAUCCAAAUACUCCAUAUGUACUUUCCUUAUAUUUACAAUUUGCAUUCAACUUUUUGGUACUUUCAUUUGUGAUUUACUUUUUAUUUAUAUUUAUUAAAACAAUCUCAUCGGAUGUUAAUCAUAAAAUAGACAUUUAUGUGACAAAUUCAAUUGAAGAAAUCAAACAUUGCACAAGAGAAUAUAAUCGAAACAAUUGUUCUCCAGAUAUACGAGCUCCAGUGUUGGAGAAAUCAUGUACAAUGUGGAAGAAAUGUAUGGAUAGAGAUCCACAAAAAAUCGGACGAUCUAAAGUAACUGCUGAAACAUUGGCUGAUAUCAUUAAUGGGUUCCUUAAGCCAAUAUCAUGGAAAUCUUUAGUAUUUAUCAAUAUGUUGAUGUGGUCAGUAGUGGCUACAAAUGUUGCAUUUGGAAGUUACAGAAAUAGUACACGUAUCAAUAGUCCAAAGAAAAAUAAUGAUAAUGACAUUUACAAAAGUGAAGUUUUACGUUUACGGGCGCAAGUAGCGGAACUUGAACUGAAACUUAAAUUAAUAGACUCUGAACGAGGAACAGCUACACUUGCCAUAAGUUCAAGUGAAAACUCACUUUAUUAUACACCACUUAGAUAA